UGACAGAACAGAAUAACUCACACCGAGUACUCGCAGCCGCCUCCAGCGGAAGAAAUGCAAACCAUGACCGCUUCUCCGAUGAUGUUCCCGGUCCACUCCUAUGAAUACCGAGAGUUUCCUGCCGGGACCGAUCAAAGUUCUGCCUAUAUUCCCUUACCCGACGUUCAAAUUCGUACUUCUGGCGGCUUAAGCAUCCCGGCGCAUGCUAGCAUUCUGGCUUCGGUUUCACCAGUAUUGGAGAACAUGUUGGAUCGGCCUCGAAAGCGUCGGAGCUCUGAGAAGAUAAUUCCCAUUCUCGGUGUUCCUUGCGAAUCGGUGAAGGCGUUCGUUCGAUUUCUGUAUUCGUCAAGCAGGUGCAGCGAUGAAGACAUGGUUAAUUACGGGAUGCAUUUACUGGCUCUGUCCCACGUGUUCUCGGUACCCCAGCUGAAACAGAGAUGUACGAGAACUCUGUGUGCACGGUUGACGGUGGACAACGUAGUGGACGUGCUUCAACUUGCGAGACUCUGUGACGCACCGGAUCUUCACCUCAAAUGCAUGAAGUUUCUGUCGAACGAGUUCAAAGCCGUGGAGCAGACAGAAGGGUGGAAGUUCCUGCAAGAUCACGAUCCAUGGCUGGAGCUCGAGAUCCUACAAUUCCUCGAUGAAGUCGAUUCGAGGCAGAAGAGAAGGAGUAGGAAGAGGGAGGAGCAGAACCUGUAUGUGGAGCUAAGCGAAGCAAUGGAAUGCCUGGAGCACAUAUGCACGGAAGGGUGCACGAUUGUUGGACCGUACGAUAAGGAGCCGCCUACCAAGAACAGGGGGCCCUGCAACAAGUUCACCACGUGUCAGGGCCUACAGCUCCUGAUUCGGCAUUUCGCAGGAUGUGGAAAGAGGGUGAACGGUGGGUGCCGCCGCUGCAAGCGGAUGUGGCAACUCCUCCGACUCCAUUCAUCCAUCUGCGACCAACCCGAUUUCUGCAAGGUUCCUCUGUGCAGGCAAUUCAAAUUGAGAACGCAACUUGAGAAGAAGGGAGACGAUGCAAGGUGGAGACUUCUUGUGAGGCGAGUGAUGUCUGCCAAAGCCAUGUAUUCCUUGUCCUUGUCCAAGAGGAAGAGAGAAGAGGGGCCAAGAGAAGCCAUCCAUGCCAAUCCACCCCGAACCAGAAGCUUUACAACCCUAUGAAUUAUUAAGCUUUCUAUGUUUAUCUUUUAAUUACUUCUUUUCUUUCUAUAAAAGAGGAUGAAAAUGAUAUAUACAUAUAUAGUAUAGUCCAACCAAUGGAAUUUGAUGCAGCUAGUCUAGUGUAAUCUGUAAGUAAGUGUGCUUGUUUCUCAGAUUUUAUUAAUCAGCAUAACGCGGUAGACGAUUUCCUUUCUACAGAGGAUGGACUACAGGGUUGAAUGUAAAUGGAAUGAGAGAUCUGGGGGAAUAGGUUAGGGUCGCUUUACAUGUAUGGUAAGAAGAAAUAGAUGAAAAUAUAGCUAGGGCCUAGGAGCAAAGUAGUUAACAGGGAUUUUUUAGUCCCUGCUUGUAAAUGGUGCUGCUUUACUUAAUCGCUUGAAAAUGAAAGCUCCAUGGAUGUUUCA